GAGAUGCAUGGAGGAGGGGGCCCCCCUCCUGGGCAGUUCCCCUCCCCUACUUUGCCCCCGUGCACGGGGGUGAUUCCCCUCUCCCAUGUUCAGGGGGACAAGCCCCCUUCUUUAAUUAGUUCUCCUUGUGGCUCUUCUCCCUGCCAAGGAGUCGGAUAACCUGGUGCAUUUCAGCGGGGAGCUGCUUCUGCCUCCCCCUCCCUUUUGCCUCAGCAGCCCCAGAGCUGCUGCUCCGGGGGGGAUUUGAGUCCCCUUUCCUGUUUUUGAUGAGCCCCCAAGGCGCCUUUAUUUCCCCGUGACCCUUUAAAACCUCCUAGCUUGAGUGAUCAUAGAUCCGGGCCCGGGUGCAUUGUUUUUCUUCCAAGAGAGAGUGAUAAAAUCAGGCUUAUCUCCUCCUGGAUGAAGAUGUAACCAUCCACCCAUGGGAUCCUAGUCCUCUAUACUCAUAACACACACAUAAUGAGCCAAUCCUGUCUUCAUUUUAUAGUGAUCACGUGUCAGAAAUAUGGCUACAGACUGGCUCGGAAGCAUUGUGUCCAUUAACUGUGGAGACAGCCUGGGAGUCUAUCAGGGACGAGUGUCGGCUGUGGAUCAGAUCAGCCAGACCAUCUCCCUGACGCGGCCUUUCCAUAAUGGUGUCAAGUGCCUCGUACCAGAGGUCACCUUCAGGGCAGGUGAUAUUACUGAGCUAAAGAUUCUGCAGAUCCCAAGUCCUGGGGACAGCAAACAGAGUGGGGACCUGCAGCAUACUGAACUGGGCAUCCCUGGCAUUGGGUGCCAAGUGGGUACCAAUCAAAACGGCACUGGCAAAUUGCUAAAGAAGCCUACCUCUUCCAGCAGUGCCCCACAGGCUAUCCCAAGGAGAACGGACAUGAAAAAUCAGGAAGUUGUCAUCUCCCCACAACAGCAGCAGUGCUCUAAGAGCUACAUGGACCGACAUUUGGAAUCCUUGAAUCAGUCCAAAGGUUUCCGUCGUAGACACAACUCCUGGUCAUCCAGUAGCCGCCACCCAAACCAGGUGACGCCAAAGAAGAGUGGCCUGAAGAACGGGCAGAUGAAGAGUAAAGACGAUGAGUGUUUUGGAGAUGACAUUGAGGAAAUCCCAGACACAGAUUUUGAUUUUGAAGGGAACCUAGCGCUUUUUGAUAAGGCAGCAGUGUUCGAAGAGAUUGACACUUACGAGAGGAGGAGUGGCACUCGCUCCAGGGGUACCCCCAACGAGAGGCCAGCGCGCUACCGGCAUGAUGAGAACAUCCUGGAAUCAGAGCCCGUCGUCUACAGACGGAUCGUCGUACCCCAAAAUACUAACAAGGAAUUCUGCACCGACUCUGGGCUAGUCGUCCCAAGCGUCUCUUAUGAACUGCACAAAAAGGUGCUUUCAGUAGCUGAGAAACAUGGGCUGACUCUGGAGCGCAGACUGGAGAUGACUGGGGUGUGCGCCAGCCAGAUGGCAUUGAGUCUGCUCGGAGGACCCAACAGGUUGAAUCCUAAAAAUGUUCACCAGCGACCCACAGUCGCUCUGCUGUGUGGCCCCCAUGUGAAGGGGGCCCAGGGAAUCAGUUGUGGACGGCAUCUUUCCAACCAUGACGUUCAUGUCAUUCUCUUCCUACCCAACUUUGUCAAGAUGCUGGAAUCCAUCACUAAUGAGCUGAACCUCUUCAGCAAAACCCAAGGCCAGCAGGUGUCCAGUGUCAAAGAUCUCCCAGAUACCCCUGUUGACCUGGUGAUAAACUGCCUGGAUUGUCAUGAAAAUGCUUUCCUGAGAGAUCAGCCUUGGUACAAAGCAGCUGUGGACUGGGCCAACCAGAACCGAGCCCCAGUCCUCAGCAUAGACCCUCCUAUGAGUGAAAUGGAGCAGGGCAUUGAUGCCAAGUGGUCACUGGCCUUGGGCCUGCCCCUGCCGCUGGGUGAGAGGGCAGGGCGAGUAUAUCUGUGUGACAUCGGCAUUCCACAGAAAGUCUUUCAGGAAGUGGGAAUAAACUACCACUCACCCUUUGGCUGCAAAUUUGUCAUCCCGCUGCAUUCAACAUAGAGCAGACCCUGCAGUGUAUCAGCCCUGGAGUGGGAGUUGGGGCAGAGUCCUGCCUAGCAAGCUGUAUAAAGGAUCCUGACAAGUAAACUCUUGACGCCUUAAAGUUCUGGAGUUUGUUUCUUCCAGAAGAAAUAUGUGUAUUAAAAACAUAAAAAUUAAGGGAGCAAAUGUUACUGCAAGAUGCUUUCUCUCUCUUGUGCCAUUGGAUGAAGGAAUGUGGAAGAAGCUGGUAUCUAACAUUGGGAAAGGCAGUGUCUGGUCACCAGCCAGAGGAUGGUUAAAGUGGGUGAGAGGGUUUCUUUUCAGAUGCAACUGUCCGACAACUUGGAGGUUUACAAGAUGAUGCUCUGUUUUUUUUAGUACUUCUGGGGGGGAAAUUUGACCCAGCGGGGGGCCCCUUUCAGGAGCAGAACCCCUCAAUGAUAAUGUAGAAAUGUCUGUUACAGUUUUACUGUUUUGAUUUUGUUCACUUUCUUUCUUUUAUGUUCAUGAGAGCAAUUAUAGUUAAGUCUCUUCCUGGGGCUGCCAAACCCCUGUGGAUGAGGCUCCCUGUUUAGAAAGCGGGUGUAAAGCUUUUGUUCCUUGACCGCUUGCUAAGUGAAUGCAGCCCGGGUCUGGAAACUGUAGGGGAGUGAGGUGUUUACCAUGGUGUCCUUCCACCAGACAGUGCUUUGGGAAAGGCAUUUUCUAAGGUGGGUUUUUAUUUCUCCAGCGAGCUGAGUAACCUCAGUGAUUUGGAGAAGAUGCGAGGGGAACAGCAUGUUACUCUCUUUUCUUUAAUACCUUGUGUUCAGCACAGGUAGUGCUUGGAUAUAUUAUUGUAGAGCCUCAGUGGCCCCCCCCCGCAGCACACCCUGCACUUGAAUACGUCUUGUGAAGCAUGGCAAUGUUCCAUUCCCUUUGGGAGCAACAGCCACGUCAGGGGGAGGAUCCUCCCUCCUGAAAAGCAUAUGUGCUUUGUUCUAAUGCACUGUUCCACAUGGAUCUCAAUGGAGUCAGUGGAAAUCAUAGGGCACUUGCCUCUCCUGGUUAUGCAAACUGUAAAGAUGAGUCAAAUGCUGUUUGUCUUAAUAUGUAGACAGCCUGGGAGACAGGAGUGCGUGCACAGUGUGUUGGGGGGGGGGGGGGGG